AUGUCUGCUUCUGUGCACCUCGACGACGACCAGAUUCAGAAGUUCAUCUCAGACGUGAUUACAGAGACAAUAGCGAGGGAACAGUCGCAAGAAGGUUGGACUGAUCGACAUGAGCGUCUGGAGUUCGAGAUUGUCUCCUCGAGAGUCAUCAGAGUCCUUGACAUUCUCAUCGAGCGCACUGAGAUGCUCCUCUGUCUUCCUGCCAUGAUGGAGCACAGUGUCAUCCUCGAGGAGCAUUUUUCUGCUGAGCAAAUCGACCACCUGAAGAUGGCAAUUUUGACUCCAAAUCAUGCCCACGUCUCUGAACUUGUCAAUACCAUCUCACGCUCGAGUGUGAUGGAGAAGAUUCCCCAGUUCAGAGACACCGUCUCAGUGGAGGGCAACAAUAUCCUGCAGAAUCUGCGGGAGUUGAGGAAAAUCGCUGACUGGCGGAUGAAAAUGACUUCGGCGCGUGAGAUAAUCAAGGAGCGAAUGCUGCACCAGAUGUACAAGGAUAAUGCCAAGUUCACGAUGAAAGUGGCCGACUUGAAGCGCAAAUAUGAGACGGAGCGCAAGAAAACCGACGCGGUUCUCGCCAUAAAGCUUCACACGAUUGACAAGUGUCGACGGGAGAUUGAGGAGAAGAAGCGCGAGAAUCAGGAAUAUAUCAAUCAUCAAAUAUUCCAAUCGGAGAGAAAUAUGAUGAACAUCAGUGAGAUGAGUAGAAAGAAUCAGCAGGAGCUGCGAAGCAAGGUGGAGCAAUCGAGGACAUUCUAUGAGGAUCUCCUGCAGAGAAAUCUCCGUGAAGAGGAGCGCCUGCGAGAGCGAAAGCAAGCGGUUCAGGAUCAAUUGCUGGCAUGGAUCGGCAAGUACGAUGCGGACAUUGGCGACAGGAGUAAGGAGCUUAUGCAGCUCGAGGAGGUGAUUUGCGGGGAGCGCGGACGGCUGGAUUUGCUGAAGAGGCGCUUCAUGGCGCAGGAGGUGGAGUACAUCCGGCUGAUGGCGCAAAAGGAGGCCGAAGAGAAGAGGAUUCAGGAGGAGAAGCUGCUGCUCUUCAUGAUGAAUCACGCCGCCGUGACGAUUCAGCGCUGGUGGCGGCGUGUGUUGGCGCGUAAAAAAUCGAAAAAGGGACGCAAAGGCAAGGGCAAGAAGAAGGGCAAGAAGUAGUGGUAUUUCAGGACUUUCAUCCCUGUUCACAAAACUAUUCAGCAAAAAAAAUUCCUGUAACUCACCGUGUGAAUUUGUCGCAGUGAUGUGGAUGUCUGGCAUUCUUCAAAAUCAAUCUCAGAGGUGGAUUCUGAGUGGGGAUGUUUUUUGGGGUGGAGAAUGAGAGUUAAUUAAAGCUGCAAAAAUCCCCCUCAGUGUCAAUCAACAUCACGGGAAAGUUUGGUCAUUUUGCCACGGGUGGUUUUCGACAGGAAUCAGCCAAAGGGAAGAUUUUAAUUGCCGGCUAAUCACUGUUUAGCACUUUUAAUCAUCCUCCCAACCGCACAAUCAUCGUGUCAGUCACAGAGCGCUCAAUAA